AUGUUCAUUGGCGCGAAAAGAGCGUAUGGAGCCGCACGCGCAAAUAAUCCCUCGAAAUUCGGACAGCGACAAGUUUAUCGAUGAAUGAAGUUAACAUUUGUAUUGCCAGAUAAAGAAUAACAGUCUUAUAUGAUAAAGGUGGCUGGCUUCCAUGAGCCGCAUAAGAGCUCUCGAGUGAAUUUAUAAAGGGUCUGUAUGCUUCGACACUUUUCUUCAGUCCAAAGCCCCGCCAUGUCCGCAGGCUGCAGAUGCUCUUCGCCAGUCCAACACUGCAGGUGCAUUUAAUGCUUGGGGAUGAUGAUAGUAGUUGUGCCUCACCAGAUAUCGUUUCUUGUCCUUACAGAGAGCCGUUUGCUGCUUGCCUGAUAUAUUUAGCUCUAGUGCUGUCGUCUCUUUUGGAUUCAUAGGAUCCUGCAGUCCGUCCGGUUUUGCAGUGCAUCUUCAAGAACAUCAUCGACAACAUAAUAUUUAGUGGAUUACAGACCUAUUUGACGAAUAGUUGCUGCCGCAUAAAUUUAGGCUGUUAACAUACCUCAGGAAUGCAAAAUAAUGAUUGGCCAACAGUCGGAGAGGAGCGAUGAUAUGAAUUAAGUCUUUGAGGUGGAGGAAAGCAGAGACGCAUAUGGAAAGGGUUUUUUUUUUUUUUUUCUUCAGUACUAGGCUACCAACCGGAAUAAGGAUUUUCUUCUCGCUGCGAGUUUUCUUGUUGAAGUUGGGUGUGCUCUGCGUUUUGUAAAGAAGAGAAACAAUGGGGAGAAAACAAAUCGGAAAGGAUAUUCUGUGAACUGCUCCUUAGAUAUGGAUGGAAGAUUUACCAACCUUUCCCCUUUAUGAAUCUUUUCAUGGUGAUACUGGAAAGGUGGCGCGAUCAGGAAAAGCUAAUGACGGACUUAUUAAUUCAUCAAACGCAUCAGAGGGGUUUGGAAACGUUUGGAUGGAAAUCGGGCGAAUGUUUACAUCCUGCUUUUAUACGAAACUACUGAUGAAUAGUUGUGUAUCUUUGGUGGAAUCACCGGCAUUAUUUAAUUACUAAGACAUAGUGCAUUAAUGGGCUGUGAAAUGUUGACAUAUUCGCGGUGACAUUUCGCAAAUAUCGAUCUUUUUCUUCUGAAAGUAUUCCGAUCUAAAUGGAAUUAGUUGAGAAAGCCCUUUGUGAAAGAAAUAGACAUGGUACAUGGAAACAGGUUCCUUCACGUUGUUGCAGGUCUUCUCAUGCUUGGGUUGUCUGGGGCAACAAAGAAGGAAGCAGUGAAAAACAAUUCAGGGGUCCAGCCGGCAGGUCAGUGUGGAACGUGGAUUAAAGAACCAGAGGGAGGCCUCUUCACCUCACCCAAUUACCCAAACAAAUAUCCCCCAGAACGAGAAUGCAUCUAUAUCAUUGAAGCUCCCCCGAGACAAUGCAUUGAUCUUUUCUUUGAUGAAAAGUAUUCAAUAGAGCCUUCAUGGGAAUGUAAAUUUGACCAUAUUGAAGUCCGGGAUGGGCCCUUUGGCUUUUCUCCAAUAAUUGGACGCUACUGCGGCCAGCAGAACCCUCCAUAUAUCAGAUCAAGUGGCCGCUACCUAUGGAUAAAAUUUGUUGCUGAUGGUGAAUUGGAAGCCAUAGGAUUUUCUGCAAGCUACAAUUUCACAGCAGAUCCUGACUUUAAAGACAUAGGAGUACCUAAACCUCUUCCCUUUUGUGAAUUUGAGAUGGGAGGACCCGAAGGCAUCAUUGAAUCACAGCAGAUCAUCAAAGAUGGCAAAGCCUCACAAACAGAGGCAGUGGACUGCAAGUGGUACAUUCGUGCCCCUCCUCGUUCCAAGAUCUACUUGCGUUUCCUAGACUACGAGAUGCAGAACUCUAAUGAGUGUAAACGUAAUUUUGUCGCUGUAUACGAUGGCAGCAGCUCGGUGGAGGACCUGAGGAACAAGUUCUGCAGCACGGUAGCCAAUGACGUCAUGCUGGUGUCCACGCUGGGCGUGGUCCGCAUGUGGGCCGAUGAGGGGAGUAGCAAGAGCCGCUUCCGUAUCCUCUUCACUACCUUCCAAGAGCCUCCAUGUGAGGCAGAUACUUUCUUUUGCCACAGUAACAUGUGUAUCAAUAAUACGCUGGUUUGCAAUGGAGUCCAGAACUGUGUCUACCCCUGGGAUGAGAACCACUGCAAAGAAAAACGGAAAGCAAAUAUCCUGGACAACCUCAAUAAUACAAAUGGCACCAUCAUCGGUGUAACAUGCUGCAUUGUACUGAUCCUACUGGUUGUAUCAGUGAUUGUUCAAAUCAAACAGCCAAGAAAGAAAUAUAUCCUGAGGCGUGAGGACUUUGACCCCACCAUGUUCCAGGAGGUGUUCCAAGAGCUGCCACAUUACGAACUGUGCACUCUCCGCAGCGCAGCUGCCACCUCGGCAGACAUGGCCGAGUUGGCCGAGGACUUUGAGAGCUACCACAAACUAAGGAGCGCCUCCUCACGCUGUCUACACGAGCAUCACUGCGGUUCCUCGCAGCUAUCCAGCACCAAGGGCAGCUGCACCAACCUGAGUCCCCGUGAGGUGGCAGCGGCCAUAUUGACAGACCUCCCCCCUCAACCGUUGCGUCCACUUCCUCCACAAACCAACCGGCGGAACAUUCUGGUAAUGAGACACACCUACUCACAUGAUGCUGCAGAUGCCUGUGACCUGGAUGAUGACCUGGAGGAGGUGCCCACCACCAGCCACAGGUUGUCCAGACAUGAGAAAGCAGUGCAGCGGUUCUGCCUCAUUGGGUCUCUAAACAAACAUGAAUCUGAGUACAACACAACUAGGGUGUAAGAGACAAUCUGAAGACUUCUAGAAAAUAGUGCAAUCCUGGAUCAGUACGAAUGGGCUUCAAUGAAAUAUGAAAAUAUGGACUGGAGAUAUACACCAGCAUGAUAAUAAGAAGGACAUUUUAAAGUCAAAUUAUUCGAAACAACCUGCAGAUGUAAACAUUUCCAAAGGAGGACUUCAAUACAGUAACAAAGGAAGUGACUGAUGAAAUUGCUUUAACAUGUACACCUUAUUAUGGUGCAUUGCCUUUUUUAAGAUUACUUAUUUAGGAUUGCAAAAUAUUGCAUUAAGAGUUAUGAAAAUAUAGAUUGUUUCAUUUUUAAUUUACAUGAGUAAAUGUGAAUUAGUACUUUCAGUACUUACUGUGUAGCAAUGCCACAUAUGAGACAUGUAUGUAACGAUCAGCCAAAUCGGCUGAGUUACAACUGUUGUAGUGCAUGCAUUUUAUGUUAAUUUUUUGCUACCAAAAGUUGUCUUUUUUUUUUAUUUGUUAGAAAUGCUUUUCAGCAAAACAAAAAACAAAACAAAAAUAACUUUAAGCAAAAAACUUUCUAUCCACAAUUUUGUCUGAGCCAUUUAAGAGACUUUAAUGUUAAGAUUUUGCAUGCAUGUUUUCUUUAUCAUUUUAAAAUGAGUGACUUUACAUAUACUGUAGGAACAUUAUUGAACCCAGCACUAAUUUAUUGUAGAUAUAGGUUUAAAUGAAAAAAUUAUAAAAAAUGGAAUGACAUUAAGCCCUUGCCCUUCCCUAUAUAGUUUGAUGCUUUAUUAACUAACUGCAUGCUAAAAUUAUAACAAAAUGAAUAAAUGUACCCUCUGUGAUAAAUUAACAAACUAUGGGAUCUUUACGUAAAUAUUUUUUUGCAAAAAAACUAUUUUACUUGCUGUUGUUUAGAAAAACUGAUGGAUGAUGACAAAAAUGAACAUUUGUAGCAUUCAAACCUUGUGUGAACUCUGUUAAAACUCUGUCAAAUUACUUAUUCAACAGCUGAACUACCAACACAAGAGAAGCUUUUCUGAUUUGUCAAAGAACAAUAAAUUGUUAUUAUUAUUAUAUAUAUUAAUGGCAUUGAUCAUUCUAAAUAUUAUGUUUUCUGUGUAGACCGUCAUUAACCUAAUAUACACAAAUCAAUGUAGGUUUGCAAUAUCAUCAUGUGACAUCAACAGAGAAUUAAACCCUAAGUGCAGCACACCCAUGCACGUGUGUCUCGCACCAAUUUAAGGCUUUGAUAUAAGUUUUGAAAGUAAAGACAGUUUUGGUAUGAAACAAAAUUCCUUUCAUAUGUUAAUAACUUUUUGAUUGGCAAAUAAUUCACUUGGUUCAUGUCAAAUUAAGGCCAAAACUUAAUUGGGAUGUUUUUAGAAGAAAUUGGAGAGCAAAAAUGUUCUAUUUGAAAAUAUAUUAAAUUAUGAUGGAGAAUAUAUAAUAUAUGCUCGGGGAAAACUACUUCAUUGAAAUUGAAAUGCCAAUAACAGCUUUUUUUUUUUUAUUUUAUUUUAUUACAAGUUUUGCAUUUUUGGUUGUGGUUCUCUUUAUUUGUUUUCAAGCUUUUAGCGCUAAACAGUCACCAUACACCUGCACAUUUACACACACAUGCAUACAUUUUUAAUUCAGUACUUUAGUGAAACAUUUGCAAACCUUGUAAGCGGUUUUUCUUUCUUUCUUUUUUUUUUCUUUUACUUAUCAAUAUUCAUAAGGGAGCAGAGUAAAAGUCCCUGUUUUUCCAAACUAGAUUAUCAAAAUAAUAAUCACUAUACUUAUUUAAAAGAAUUAUCAAUGUUUCCAAAAUACAAAUUGUUAUCUUCAUCUUGUAUGUCCAUUGUCAUUAUGUUUUUGUUUUAUAAUUAAACUUCUAUUAACAACAACAACAACAGCAAAA